AUGGAUCACGCACACAUGGAUCACAGCAGUAUGGACCACGGUGGUAUGGAUCACGGCCACGGAGGCAUGAAGGACAUGUGCAGUAUGAACAUGCUCUUCACCUGGGAUACUACCAACCUCUGCAUCGUCUUCCGUCAAUGGCACGUCCGAUCAACAACCUCGCUCCUCUUCUCCCUCGUCGCCGUCAUCCUCCUCGCCAUGGGCUACGAAGCCCUCCGAUCUCUCUCCCGCCGCUACGAACAAGCUCUCGAUAACCGCGUCCGCGCUGCCCCCAGGCAAUCCCAGGAACAAGCCGACCAACGCGCCCACCUCAUCAAGGCCAUCUUGUAUGCCCUACAGAACUUUUACGCCUUUAUGCUUAUGCUUGUCUUCAUGACAUACAAUGGUUGGGUCAUGAUCUCCGUUUCACUUGGUGCAUUUCUCGGAUAUCUGUUCUUUGGACAAAAAACCUCUGCCACAAAGGAGAACGCAUGUCAUUAA